AUGCGUCUUUUCCUUUUCCUUGGCUUGUCCUCGUUAGCGGCCGCUGCAAGAACUUCAACAGUCAAUUUGGAAACUUCAGACGAAACCUCAUCAAUCACAUCAAUUCCUACUCGAACCCCAAACAAGCCAGCCGAACCAACCGAUGUGAAAACCAUCACUUCCCCUGGCGGGGUUUCUAUACGUUACAAAGAGCCCGGGAAAGCAGGUGUUUGUGAGACCACGCCGGGUGUGAACAGUUAUUCGGGAUAUGUCGACUUGAAUGAUGCUACCCACAUGUUUUUCUGGUUUGUAGAAGCAAGAAAAAAUCCUGAAAAUGCGCCUCUUACGCUGUGGUUGAAUGGCGGACCAGGGUCUGAUUCACUUAUUGGAUUCUUCCAAGAGCUUGGGCCUUGCAACGUUACUAAAGCUCUCAAGACGCAACUUAACCCUGAAGCUACAAUCGACCCGUCUGUGGCGGUCAACACUACGGAUGCCGCCGCUGUUGGAGCCUGGCACGUAUUACAAGGCUUCCUAGCCAACCUGCCGCAGCUCGAUUCCAAGGUUGCUUCGAGAAGGUUUAACCUCUGGACCGAGAGCUACGGCGGCCAUUAUGGACCCUCCUUUUACUCCUACUUCAAAGACCAGAACUCCGCCAUAGCGAACGGGACGCAAAACGGCACGCAGCUCGUCAUGGAUACACUUGGCAUCGGAAACGGCAUCAUCGACGAGAGAAUCCAGGCACCAUAUUACGCCGAGUUUGCCGUCAACAACACCUAUGGUAUCAAGGCUGUCAACGAUACUAUUUACGAGCAAAUGAAGGCCGCAUAUUAUGACCCAGGAAUGUGUAGAGAUCAGAUCGAUGCAUGUGUUGCCGCUGAUCGGUCUACUCCGAAAGGCGAACGAAUUUGUGCGAGCGCCGGUCAAAUCUGUAGAGCUGGCACCGAAGCACCCUAUUACAAAUACAGUAAUCGUGGUACUUAUGAUAUCCGACACCCGCGAAAUGAUCCUACCCCACCGGAUUAUUUCGUAGAUUAUCUCAAUCUGGCGAGCACUCAGAAUGCUCUAGGUGUGAACCUCAACUAUACCAGCAUGUCAAACAAUGAGGUUGGCUUCAAUUUCCAGAACACAGGUGAUUUUGUUUUCCGAACUUUCAUUACCGACCUCGAGGAACUCCUGGACAACGACGUCCGGGUAGCACUGUUUGCCGGAGAUGCGGAUUUCAUCUGUAAUUGGUUUGGCGUCGAAGCUGUCUCCUUGGAAAUGAACUAUACUAAUAGCGCUGAAUUCCGCGCCGCAAGCUAUGUGCCAUUCAUGGUAGACGGAACUGAAUACGGCAAAGUGCGACAAUAUGGGAACUUCUCCUUCCUCGUUGUCUAUGAGGCCGGCCAUGAGGUUCCGUAUUAUCAACCCAAGGCAUCCCUCGAAUUCUUCAAGCGUGUCCUGGGGAAGAAGGCAGUUGCAGAUGGGGUCACUGAUGUUACGGCAACUUAUGGAACGAAGGGCAACCAGACCGGGUCAGGUCCAUCGCCCACGCCCACCGACGGGUCGUCUGGGUCCAAAACUUCAGGGGCGGCUUCGCCUACUUCGACCAAGAGCGCGGCAACGAGAACACAGAUUAUUUGGGGUGAAGGAAAGAGUUGGAUACUUCUUGGCAUAAUAGGCGUUGUAUUCACGGCGUUUGUGUAG